AUGGACAAGCAACAAUCCGAUAAAGCAGCGGCUGCAACAAGCGAAGAAGCAGUAACACCAACAAACAACACCCUGGUUGAGUCGAUAGCGCACGACAAGGAGGUGGAGGUGGAAAUGGCAAGUGAGGAAUGGUGCGUGGUUGACAGCAGCGAAUCGCCGCCGGCAAAACGUGUGCACUUUUCCACAGCGUGCGAUACGCCAAAACGUGGCGGUCGGGGCCACGGCAUUUAUUUUGCCGAUCAACGACGCGUCAUCGCUCAGGGCAGAGGCCGCCAAAUUGAUGUGGCUGGUGUGAGCGCGGACUCAUCAUUGCAACAGUCCAGUCGCAAUAGUGGUCAGCAAGCUGAAGCAUCAUCAUCAUCACUGAUUCUGCUAGACGUGACAAACUCAUCGCAACCGAGGAUCGUGAACGCUACUGCUACUAACAUCGACAACGAAGUUGAAAACAUUGACCCGCAGGAAACAAGCUCUUCAAAGCGGUAAGACGGCAAAAACCUAUUAUUACUAAUACUACUAC